AUGGAGGAAGCUCCUGUUGAGCAUAAGAAGGAGGAGGAGGAACCUGCGAAGCAAGAGGAGCCGGAAGAGGAAGAAGAGGAGGAGGAGCCGGAGCCGACACUGCCUCCAUCAGAGGUUAGUGAGGAGGAGAUAAAACAACGACUGUCAGAAGGUUGCUAUAGGAAGAUGCCCUUCAGCGACAUUAGCCACAAGGCUCUGUCGGAGUGUUAUCUUUCCUUUACGUUGCCGCAAGGGAGUGAGAAGACUCCUCGAGGACUGCUGGCAUUCGACAGUAUCAAGUUUGUGUGGGACGACAGGGCGGUAGCGACACAGAGGCUACAGUCGUGGAUAAAGUCCCAUAAGAUUGUGGAGAAGGUGCCGAGUAUUACUGGACCGACGGACUGGUUUAAGCAGCAGAUGGAGGCGUGGAUGAAUACCAAGCUGGAAUGGAGGAAGGCUCAGAGGCUGUAUAAGGAGGAGCAAGCGAAGGGCACAACGGAGGAGAAGGCUAAAACACAGGAGGAGGACGAAGGGGAGAAGGAGCCACGGAGG